GCGAUUCUAUGUGGAGUCAUCGGUGUCGGCUGACACCAACGAUUUUGGCAAAAUCACUUAUACCCCAUGUUUUUUCACCAUGGUUGACCCCAAUAAAAAAAUGCAUUGACCCCGGCGGCUGGUGCUAAUCACUCUAUAGACUAUAGUUAAUCAGCCCAGCAGAUAGCAAGCGCGAGCGCCGAGCGCCGAGCGGCCCAGCUUGCCCAGUUGAUUAGUCCUUGCGUGUCUUGCGAUAGCCCACAGCCCAGCAGUAGUCCACCAACGAAGCGUCGAUCUGUCUUCAUUUCUGACGGCUCGCGGACGGCGCGGCGCCACCACCAAAGCGUCGAUCCAUCUUCUCGUUUCUCAGGGCUCGCGGACGGCGCAGCACAGUUUUAUCUUCCUUUCCUCGCCCUCGCCAGGCCGGCACCGGUAGGCUGCAAGGUAUCGCGCCGCCGCGUUGGACCUCCUCCAAGUCUCCAACUCACGUUAUGCCAGGUUAGACAAAGAUUUUGAUUUUUGACUCACGUUUGCAUCUCAUGCUUAUAUCAUAUAUCCUUUAGUAUUUUAAUUUUGUUCAAUGUUCACGAAUUUGAUAGGGAACCAAAGUUUGAUGGAACGGUUUUUGAAAAGAAAAUUGCCUCCAGCUAGUGACUCUAAUGAUCCUGGUGCCGAUGGAGAGACAUCAAGAAGGGGAGCAAAUGCAUCAAACACUAACCUUGACCGUACAGCGAGUCAUCGUCCUUUGCGAGUUUCACGAAACCAGGUAAACUUUGAUGAGCUUCCUUACGAUCCAGCAGAUAGAAGAAGCAUAUCUGAUUACAUAGGACAAAAGCUCCAAGAUGAAAUUAGAAAGAAGUAUUUGAUCAGAGGUCCUUUUAGACCACCUGUUGGCUUUAAAUAUCCACAGAAGAUCAUAGCAGGUCAUGCACGUCGGUUUCAACCUGAAUGGUUCACAAAAUAUGAUUGGUUAGAGUACAGUAUAAAAGUAGAUAAAUGUUUUUGCCUGCAAUGCUACUUAUUCAGAGAUAGCAAUGAGGGCCAAGGUGGUAAUGAUGCAUUUGUAAAAGAUGGUUGGGAUGGCUUUAACAAAUUGAAAAGGCUCCAAGAUCAUGUAGGCACCGGACCUGACAGUUUUCAUAACACGGCAGUAAAAAGAUGCGACAAUUUGAUGAAGCCUAAUCAGUCCAUUGAUAGUGCUAUUGGCAAGCAACAGAAUAUCACUAAGGAGCAGUAUCUUAUUAGAUUAAAUACUUCUAUUGAUGCCGUCCGAUACUUGUUGCAUCAAGGCUUAGCCUUCCGUGGUCACGAUGAAUCAGAAAAGUCUAAAAAUCAAGGAAAUUUUCGGGAGUUGGUGAAGCUUUUGGCAAAGCAAAAUGACAAAAGAAAUAAGGCCCUGGGGCUGGGGAACGCCCAAAUGUUGGCCUCAGAAAUCCAAAAGGAUAUUGCAAAUUGUUUUGCCGAGAUAAUAGUGAAGUCUAUCAUUGAAGAAAUUGGUGGUGACGUCUUUUGUUUAUUGGUAGAUGAGUCAUCUGAUGUUUCUGGUAAGGAACAAAUGGCUGUUGUUUUGAGAUAUGUUAGCAAGCUUGGGUUAAUAAAAGAGAGACUUAUUGGUGUAGUUCAUGUGAAAGAGACCUCAGCUUCAUGUCUUAAAUCUAACAUUGAUAGUUUGUUUGGCAAGUAUGGAUUGAGCAUAAAACAAGUUAGAGGACAAGGUUACGAUGGAGCUAGCAAUAUGAGGGGUGAAUUCAAUGGUUUAAGAGCUUUAAUAUUGAGGGAAAAUAGCUCUGCAUAUUACAUCCACUGCUUUGCUCACCAACUCCAGUUAGUUAUUGUUGCGGUAGCAAAAAAAAAUGAUGAUAUUAGUGAUUUCUUUGAUAUGGUAUCCUUAUUAAUAAAUGUUGCUGGAGCUUCUUGCAAAAGAAAGGAUAUGAUUCGAGAAUGUCAGCAAGAAAGAGUUAGCAAAGCCAUAUGUAGUGGACAACUUAGAAGCGGAACGGGGUUAAAUCAAGAACAAUCACUUCAAAGAGCCGGUGACACUCGUUGGUCGUCUCAUUUUAAAACCCUUCAGAGGUUAAGCAGUUUGUUCCCUGAUGUAAUUGAAGUUCUCCAAUACGUUGAAAAAGAAGGUCCAAAUGAUGCCAAGAGACGCCAAGCACGUGGUCUCAUGGACUAUUUGAUGGAUUUUGACUUUGUGUUUCACUUGCAGUUAAUGUUGCUUAUUUUGGGCCAUGCAAAUGCUUUGUCAUUGUCAUUACAAAGGAAAGAUAAAGACAUUUUAGAGGCCAUGGUAGAGGUGAAGUUAACAAAGCAGAGAUUUCAGCAAAUUAGGGAUGAUGGUUGGGAUUCUCUAUUAGAGGAUGUGUUAUCCUUUUGUGAAAAACAUGGUAUUCCGAAGUUGGACAUGGAUCAUGAGUACAUUAAUCGCCACAAGCCUAGGCAAAGAACCAACCGAACUAACUAUCAACACUAUAGAUAUGAUUGCUUGAACCCUGUUAUUGACUUACAGCUUAUAGAGUUCAAUGAUCGUUUCAAUGAGGUGAAUUCUGAAUUGCUUACCCACAUGGCUGCUUUUAGUCCCAAUAAUUCUUUUGGUGCCUUUAAACAUGAGAGUUUGAUGGAAUUGGCUAAGGCAUACCCUGAUGAUUUCAGCCCAGUGGAACUAGAUGAUCUCAGUAGUGAACUUCAUUGUUACAUUGAUAAUGUGAGAGCUGAUGCAAGAUUUGCUCAAUUGGGUACUAUUUCUGAGCACGGUAAACUAAUGGUGGAUACAAAAAAACAUCUUGCUUUUUCAUUGGUCUAUCGGCUUCUCAAACUUGUGCUAGUUCUCCCUAUUGCAACUGCAUCAGUAGAGAGAUCAUUUUCAGCAAUGAAAAUUGUGAAGACGGUCCUACGAAACCGGAUCGGUGAUGACUUUAUGAAUGAUUGUGUCAUUAGCUUCAUGGAACAAGAACUUCUUGAUACAAUUUCAAAUAAUGAUGUGAUAGUUCGAUUCCAGAAGAUGGAUGGACACAAUCGUAGAGUGAAAUUAUAAAAGGUACACUUGUAAAAGCUUAUUUUAUCAUGUUAUGUUUUUGCUAAUUUUGUCUUUUUAUUAUACGUGUUAAAUUUUAUCAUUAUA